AUGAGCCAACUUUUUACCAAUCCACUAAUCUUUUCCAAUUUAAUCCAUUAACCUUAGCCAUUUACAUAACAUUUUCACUUUUAAAAUCCUCUAUAAACUUAUUAUUCAUAAUUUUAAGUACCUUGCAAUUUUGCCCCAAUUCAUAACCACUAGAGUGAGCAGUAUAUAUAGUUAUAAUUACCAUUUAAUGGAUAUCCUGAUUAUGGUAAUCCUCUUACUUAUCCGAUAAUCAACACUGAGAUCUCCACAACCUCUUAAAAAACUAGUUUGGCUAUUGCAGAUUCACAAACAACUUAUCAAAUUAUGGAUCCCUUUCAACAGCAUCUUCCCAACAAAUAAAAGUUACGUGAUUAUAUUCUGUUAAUUAUCGAUGACCAUCAUCAAAUCAACGAUAUUAAACAAAACCUUAGAAAUAUCAAUCAGGCUCAAUUAGCCAAAAUCUUGGAAAUUUUAGCUACCAAAUAGUCUUAGUAAAUCAAGAGUCGAGAAGAAUUAAUCAAGUUUUGUCUAAGAAAAGCAUUCAGGUUCAUAUUCAAGAAAAUAUCCGAAAGAGACCACAUUUCAAGUACUAUUAUCAACAACUUAUUAGAAACUAAUUUAAAAACAGCUCGAUAAGAGUUUCUAACAAUUAUGGAGUAGGAAAAGAAGAUUCCACUUAUUCUUCCAUUUAGAAAAAACAGUAAAAACAAAACAAUGAAUAAUGAUUUUUUAAAAGAAGUAUUUUCAUCUCAAAUUUUCCAAAGCUUUUAUAAAGAGUUUUUAGGUAUUUUCUGUUCUAAAUAUAGAACACCUCGACGAUACUAUACAAGCAGAUAGAAAAAAGAAGAUUGAUAAACUAUAGGACAAAAUUUGGUUGAGUUUAAGGGAUAACAAAAUAGUAAUUAUAUAUUCAAUUAAUUUAUAGACAACCUUUGAUAUUAAACGACUUCCUUGGACACACAAAAACACAGAAAGAAUGAAGUCUAUAGCUUUUGAGUUGUUAACAUUUUCAUAAAAUUGA